CUGUCCCGGCGCGCGUCCCCCGUGUUCCCGUGGCCAUGCUGUGCCGUGCUCUGCUCCGCCGCGCCGCCGCCGCGCCCGCCCGUCGGUCCCCUGCGCUUCCCCUGCAGCAUCUCUUGGAGAGCUACCAGUGUAGCCACGAAGAUGACCAUCUGUCUUACGGGGAAACCGGGAUGCCGGUCCCUCCUUUCGGCUGCACCUUUUCUACAGCCCCAGCUUCGGAGCACAUACUGGCAGUUGCAAAUGAAGAAGGGUUUGUUAGACUGUAUGAUACUGAAGCACAGACCACCAGCAAGCUCAUCUUUAAAGAAUGGCAGGCUCACUCAAAUGCUGUAUUUGACCUUGCCUGGGUGCCAGGGGAACACAGGAUUGUCACUGCUUCAGGAGAUCAGACAGCCAAGGUGUGGGAYGUGAGAGCUGGCGAGCUUCUUGGCAUAUGCAAAGGUCACCAGUGUAGCCUCAAGUCAGUUGCUUUUUCUAGAUUUGAGAAAGCUGUCUUCUGUACUGGAGGCAGAGAUGGAAACAUCAUGGUUUGGGAUACCAGAUGCAACAAGAAAGAUGGAUUUUACCGGCAGGUGAAUCAAAUCAGUGGAGCACACAAUGUGAUUGACAAGCAGACUCCUUCCAAGGGGAAGAAGAAGAGGCAAAACCUGAGAGGACUUGCUCCCUUGGUGGAUUUCCAGCAGAGUGUAACUGUAGUGCUGCUUCAAGACGAGCAUACUAUUAUCUCUGCAGGAGCUGUUGAUGGCGUGAUCAAAGUGUGGGACUUGCGCAGGAACUACACUGCUUUCCGUCAGGACCCGCAGCCUGUCCGGUCCUUCUGCUACCCUGGAACCAGCACUCGCAAGCUUGGAUAUUCUAGCCUGGUUUUGGAUUCCACUGGCRCUAAUCUGUUUGCUAACUGCACUGAUGACAGUAUCUACAUGUUCAAUAUGACAAGUUUAAGGACCACUCCAGUGGCUGUUUUUAGUGGACACCAGAAUUCAACCUUUUACAUCAAAUCCAGCACCAGCCCAGAUGACCAGUUCCUGGUCAGUGGCUCGAGUGACUGCAAUGCUUACAUCUGGAAGGUUUCUGAGCCCAGCCUUCCUCCACGGAUACUCCUUGGUCACUCUCAAGAAGUUACCUCCAUUGCUUGGUGUCCUUCAGACUUCACUAAGAUUGCCACAUGCUCUGAUGACAACACUGUGAGGAUUUGGCGCUUACGGCGUUGUCCUGAGGAAGAGAAAUCAGUAUCCAGAAAAAGCAACUUGGUGGGCUGGGUCACUCAGAAGAAACCAGAAGAACAACAUGGAGCAGGGUCACCAGCCAGCCUCCAGAGCACUCCAGCCAAGGCCUUCACAGCAGGCAGCAUGUGCAUUUCCUCGCCCCGGCCCGCUGCCUGUGCUCCCACUUACUCCGGAGAUCUCCCGCUGGCAACAAACACUCCCAYGGCUGCUCUCAACACCCCGACCACCACAGCCUCCACCCCAGCCAAGCCACCUGCAGCCAGCCCCUGUGCCUCUCCCAAGCUGAUCCCUUCCUCCAAAAUGUCCAUCAAACACUGGGUUACRAGGACUCCAUGCUCUUCUUCUCUAGAAGUGGAGAAAAAGACUCCUUCUCCUAGAAAAGCCCUGGCAGAAGUCACCCAGGGUCUCCUGGAAGCUGCYUGCCCUCCUAAAGUCCCACACCCACAGUUUGAAAAGCGUGCUAAGAGAAGGCUUGACUGCAGCAAGGAGGGAGACGUGGGCCAGAAGUGUCUGCAGGCCUGUAGCUGUGUGACUGAGCUGGAUCAUGCAGCUAAGAAAUCCAAGCUGAAUUUAUGUCACUUGGUUCCAGACCAGAAAGCUUCUGAUGAAGACUCUCUCAGCUUGGUUGACUUGGAUAACAACAACAAAGGCUCCAGCCACAGCCCAAAAGAGCCUUCCCUUUCUGGAAGCCAUAUUAAUCCAUCAGGCAUUCAAACCUCCCUCCAUCUUUUCAGAUCUCCUUGUGGGAAGGACACUGAGGUAGUAGAUAAAGAGAACAGUUCUCCUGAAAGAAAAAAUUGGUUGUCUGCUCUGGGAGAGAAGCUACGGACUGGCAGACCUGGCAGCCAGAACACAUCAAACAGCCCCCUGUCAUCCUGCAGUCCUGGUGCCAAGAGACAAGAGUCUGUGGCAGUGGCCACUUCGCCAAAAACUGCUGCGAGCACUUCAGUUUCCAUGAGGAAGAUCUGCACAUACUUCCAYAGAAAGCCACAGAAUGACAAGCAGCAUGCGGUGGUUGCACCUGAGGGAUGUUGACACCAAGGUAUCAAGACCAGAAUUAACAAUGCCAGCAACGAAGCAYCAGGAUUACACAAUUUGUUCUCAGACCUUUAUAGACUUGAGGUUUUAGUCUUCCUGUUUUUAAAGYUGUUAACAGUUUAAGUGAGCUGAGUGUGUAAAAUCUGCUCAAUACUUACUCAUGGUCUCUUUCUGACUUAGGGCAUGUAUUUUUUUAUAAACAGUAUUUUUUACAUGGCAACUAUUCUAGUCCAAAGACAGCAACAGCUCUGCUGUGUAUUGUUGAUAGGCACAUACAGCUUGUCAGUUUAUGUUACUCAUCUGCUGUUCAAAUUGCCUCUGCUUAAGAACAGUGUGUAAAUCAUUACACCCUCCUGAAAAGUAAGUGUUGGAAUGUGUGUAGAGAAACUUACUGGAGGUACAUCUGAGCCUCUUCAUGCUGAAUGGCAUUUCUGCAGUUACUCCUCUAGUACUGCAAUGACUGCCUGCUUCCAGCAGGGAAGUUAGCAACGUGUUAAUUCAAUCUAAAGGAUUAAAUCUAAAAGACUUUUGGACACCCUGUGUCCAUCUGAUGGUGACUGUGGUGUAAGAAGAGACAAAGUAUAAUCAAGUACGUAAUGCCAGUACUCCCCUUUCUUCUCUGGAAACUACUAUUUACCUACUUAGCUGCCUCUUGAACCAGCAGCACUACAGCUCUUAAGACCAAAAGUUUGUCACUUUUGUGAAAUCAAAUACUGGCAAGGUGUGCUAGAAGAAUUAAUUUGAUUUAUCCUAAAUAGGCUUCCCCCAACAGCCCAUUGCCAGUCAGCUCUUACAGAUUCAGCCUGUAGCAAAGGCAUUAGUAACUGCUUAUAACAUACUUUCAUAACAGCUUUAGAAUACAGUAGUUACAAAAUAAUACCUUGUAAAUUGGGGGAGAGCUAAUUGACAUUUUAGAAAGCACUUUUACAUAUUAAUAUUAAAUGCUUUGCCAUUGUAAGUCAUCCCUGAUGCUGAUAGAACAAGGUCACUGAAAUAAGAUCACUGUCCUACUGGCUAAUGACACUAAAUCCUCAGCCAUGCUUUCUCCCAGGAUCUUCUAGUAGAAGUAGGAUCUUCUAGUAGAAGAUCCUUAUCUUAGGUUGGAGCAUCUACUCUGUUUUCUGGUGUUACAGUUCCUAUGAACUCCAAAACAAAUUAAACCCUCUGAAUCCCUGUGAAGUUUUUCUACUGCAGAAGAAUUGAGGUAUUUGAAGAGGAUGGGAUCCCACUAACUUAUGUUUUCUAUCUUAGAUUUUAAGAUUUUACUUAGAUUUUACUUUACAGUAAUGUUGGAAAGCAUGGUAGCUGAAAGGGAUUAGAAGGAAACAUUCUGGUGUGUAUUUCAUAUGGUAGAUUGUAUUUUACAAGGAAAUAAAUUACUUGAGAGAAAAUGGCUUUUGUGAAAGGUCUGUUACAGCUACAAAGCAACAAUAAAUGUGUAGWGUGCUUCUUUUAAAAAAAGAAAAGUAGUUAUUAUCAUGUUGCAUCUUUAAGCAGAAGCACUUGGGUACAAAUGGGGGCCAGAACAGCUUUCUCUCGUUUAGUGAAUCACAGGCCAUCACCCUAUGAAAGGCAAUGUAGCAUUUCAGGUAUUUUUAUAUCGUUUUUCUUAAAAAAAGUGAUUUUUUUAAAAAGUGAAUAUCUGAGUAGAUCUAGGGUCUUAGGCAAAACAGGAAUAUAAAAAAAUCUGCUAGUCUAAUUUUAACCUAUUUCUGGAUAUUGGAGUAGAUGGAAGUAGUUGAAACAUAACCUAAAAUUUAGUASAUUUGGGAUUUAAUUCUGUCUUCAUUUUAAUUGCAACUGUGUAGGGUACAACCUGCCUUGCCCAGAUCCAGAUUUUCAAGCAGAAUUCUUCCAUGCAGUUUGUAAAAAACAUUKCUGAAUAAGGAGUUGUGAACCCUAUUGAAGUACGUGAGAAUUGUCAGGCACUUGAAUAAUAGGAUUUCAUGUUUCUCCACUCUUCCACAGCAUUUUCCUCCUCCAGAAAAAUUCUGCAGCCAAACCAUUAUCUCCUACAUCUUGUAAAUGGCUGCCUAGAGAUGAUACACACUAAUGGGUUACCACCUGGAUGAAUAAUAGUCUGUGGGCAUGUAGGGCUUUCUGCUUUCAGACAGUACUUUUUUAGUGGAACAACUUGUUUUAUGGACYACCAGGCAUUUAUUUUUUCACCUGAAGCUGAUGUCACCCUGGUCUAGGAGAAUUAACUGAAACAUAUUUUUCUAUGUCCAACAACCUUGACCUUAUUGUGAUAAAAUCAAAAUUGCAAAAGCACAGAAAAAUUGCUGAUACAAAUCAUAUGUCAGGUGGUUCAAGGUAACCAGUGCUGUCUUUACCUAAGAAGCUUGAUAAACUAAGCAUUCAGAGAGUGCUUUCAGUUGUUUUGAGCCCAGCAAGCUAUGCCUCUGAUUUCUCUUUUCUUCUAAAGGAUUUACAGAAACUCUGACCUCCAUGUUUUAUAAUCAAAUUAAGCCUUUUAAGGUAUUAUUCCCAAAUCCAAUAUAUGUAUGUAAAUCCCACCUUAAGUAUCUUACAGGUUUUUCCAUGCAGAUGAUAGUGCUUCCUGAUAUUUUGUCUCUAUCCUCAGUGUUUACCCUCUGAUUUACCAACUGGGAUUUGGGGCUGACUGCAGCAGUUUCUGAUGGUGCUGCAUCCCAUAGUUGUCACUGCUGCUCUCUUGAAAGCUGUGCCUCUCCCUGCUCUGCUCCAAGCAGCCAACCAGUUUGGAUUGAGGGUAGCUUGACAGUGACUGGAGCUAACCCUGCUUGGCAAAACUGGGCAGGCACUUCUGGGAUCUGCACAGAUGCAUGGUCAGCAAGCCUGGGCAAGCAUUUCUUCUGAGCACUCRCUUAGAGUCCCUUGGAGAAGCUAGCUACCAAGAAAACUAAAUUUUACUUGCCUCAGUUCCCUGCCCCAGCAGAUAGUUACAGACCAAAACAGAUGUGAGCGUGUGGGGACAACAUUG